GGUUGCAUCAAAUGUCUCUAUCCUGCAAGUGCUAGCUUUUGCUUCUUGCACAUGGGGGGUCAUUCCGAGUUGAUCGCACGUAGCAACUUUUUGCUGCUCGUGCCAUCAACUAGACGCCGCCAAUAGGGGAGAGUAUUUGAGCAUAGCAGGGCUGCGAUCGCAUGUGCAGCCCUGCUAUGCUAAAAAAGUUUAAAGCAAAACAAGACUAGCCCGGCAGCUACUUAACAGUGUGACGGAUCCAGCGAUGAAGGUCCUGGCUGUGACGUCAGGCAUCCGACCUCCAAACGCCUGGACACGCCUGUGUUCGGUUUACCACGCCCGGGAAACGGUAAAUAGAUGCCCCGAUCCUCCUUCGUGCUGUCAGUCUUCUUGCAAUCGCUUUCAAUGGUCCUGGUGUCGUUGGUCAGCGAUGGCAAUGCGAGCGCAGCUGCAGUUCUGACCUGUGCGCAUCGCAGCGAAGAACCACUGCGUGUAAACAGUUUGGAAUGACCCCCAUUAGCGUAAUAUAAAAAUCAGUAGUCAGGACAUUCAUUGCUCCCAAUUCACAAUCCGUGCAAGAUGGAGUUGAUCUGAUCAUCUAACAGAACCCAGAAUCUGGACAGCGUGAAGGGAAGAGACUUCUGGAUCUUACUCCUCUUCUAUGAUGCCAGGAGUACUCACUAUGAAUAUUACGGAUUUAAAUCGCGAGUGCCUUCUGCAUUUAUUUUCCUUCUUAGAUAGAGACAGUAAGAAAUACCUGUCACAAACAUGUCACAAGUUCAUGGAAGUUUUCCAAGAACCUUCUCUGUGGCCCUUGUUGAAUUUUACCUCCAUAUCGGAGCUCUCAAAAAAGAAUUAUGUUUUGGGACCAGCUUUGAAAUCUCUGUCAAUUUGCUGGUACUCCAGCCGGGUAAAGGUCUGCAACAUUGAGGACUGGGUGAAAACUGCACUCCAAAAAUCUAUGUGCAGCUCCCACCUGAACACAGUCAGUGAUUUCCUUCUGCAAGUCUGUAAAAGGUGCCCAAACUUACGGACAUUGACGCUAUCGGGCUGCGCCCAUGUCAAUGAUGAGAAUAUUAUCCAGAUCCUAAAACAUUGUUCCCACCUUCAGAGUCUAAAGCUGGAGAACUGCUCUGGAGUGACGGACAGAAUGCUGGUAGUGGUUCCCCUUCUUUCAAAAAAACUCAACACUCUACAUGUAAACUUCUGCCGAAAUAUAACCCAAAAUGGGUUAUUGCUGCUACAGCAGGGAUGCCCAGGCAUCGCCCUGCAGGCAGACAGAAGUGCAGCUAUGGUCGCUGACAGGAUGCCGGAUGAGAGACCUUUUCUGCAAAGAACACCAAGAAAGCUUGUAGUGAGAUAGCAGAUAUGUACUGCUGCAGUUCAGUCAUGGCAGAUGGAUGGUGGUGUCCAUGUGCUUUCUGCUUAUGAACAAUAUCAGCAUGUGUCUAUGGAUGUACAAGUGAGCACUUUGUUUACACAAUUCCUCCAGAUUGUACUUACAUCCUACUCGUUAGUCACAUUCUAUUCGUUAGCCUAGAGCAUGUGUAUCUGAGCAGGAGGGGGUAAGUAUGAAAUGAUACCUUUGACCCCCACCCCCAAACCUGAAAGUGUUGUGGUGCCCCUAGUGUGGAGGUUAGCCUUUCCCAUCAUUGUGCUGUGUGGGCACUCGAGAUGUAAUUAAUCUGGAUAGUAAAGACAUUUUGCUGUGACAAAAAUAACAAUAGAUUAGGGGAGAGUUAAUGUAACAGAAAUGUGUAAUGUUUACCGCCAUCCCAUUUACCAAGGACAUCCAUGUUGUAUGGGCAUCAUAGCCGCACUCAAAGUCCACUCUUGGAAUGUAGUAGCUUUGUUCUUUUUAUAUUUUAUAUUAUGUAUAAUAUAAACUGGCAAUUACACCCCCUCCCCAAAAACAGUGAUCUUUCUUUUUACAUUGCUAAAAUAUCAACGCAUCUUCAUACCAAAUAAAGCAGUGCCAUAGUGCGGUGCUUAGGUGCCCUGGGCCAGCAAUCUGGGCCUUCCACCCCAAUGCACAUGACGUCACAAAACUAGCCCCAGGAACAAGAAGCUUGGUUCCAGACAAGUCUGGUGCCUAUUGAUAAAGCCUAAUAUUUAUCUUAUUUAAAACACUCUGAAAGGUUAAAAAACACAGUACGCAAUUGGCGCACGAGGUACCGUAAGGGUACGCUCUUAGCGUAGCGGACGCUGUAUCGGGAGCGAGCUGCUCGAGCGACACAAACGCUCGCGAGAAUACGCUGUUGGUAUCGGGCACACUAUAGGUGAGCGACUACCGUAAUGCUACGCUAUCAGCGUAGCGGACGCUCGAGACCACGAGGAGAUCACGAGCGGCGCAGACGCUCACAAGAUAACAAUCAGUAGACCUUGAAUGUAACACACAGAAAGGAUAUUCUUAUACUGUAGACCUUGUAUGGAAACACUGUAGCUAUAUAACGCUGCUUAACCUUGUUUACACUAAAGCUGUUUGAGCGAUAGAGACGCUCCUAUUACCCUCUGCAAUAUAAUGAACACACAAUACCGGUCUAAGGGUCUAACGCCUUUUAAGGAAAUGAAUGAACGUUCAAAAAGAAUAAUACAAUACAAGUUAUACACUACCAAGAUAACAUAAAAUACCUAACCAAGUAACUACACAUAAAAUACAAUAAAGAUACAAUUUACUUUUAAAGGGGAAGGAGAGAGAGAGAGAGAACGAGAGAGAGUGGCUUAUAACAAUAAAGACAAUAUGAUUGCAGAGAAACUUACGCACAAAGGGAAACAAUCGCAUGCGCCUUCUGGAUAUCCAGCUCCCGAUUAUCAGUGAUGAGAACCGUUGAAGAGAAUAGAGAGCUGGCCCAGAUCGGCUUGUCCUUUUAUACACUACACACAAUACAGUACAAUGGUCCCUAUAUUCUUAUUGUUCAUUGGACACAGGAAUUCGUCUUCGCAUUAAAACAAAAGGUCAUAGGUUGAUUCAUACAGGUGGGCUGUGACUAUUUCAAACUGCUCAGGUGGGAGGGAAACUGGGUUUCCCGCCGCAUGGGUAAUAAAGUGCAAAAUACAGUAAAUGUUCAUAAACUUCUUAUGUCCAUAACUAUUCGCACGAGCGAUUAAUCCGCUUCAAACCAACACCGGAAUAUUGCUAAUUAAAUACUCUUCCGAUGGAUACUAAACACCACUGUAUAACCCCUGUCUGACCCUUCGUAUCAAACAAAGAGGGAUCUCUUUGUCUAUGAACAUGCUACAUUAACUAAACUUUCAGAAUCUAUCAAAGGGACCAUAAUCUACAAAAUACAUUAUAUGGUUAAAAUAUGUAACGAUUGAGUCGCCCGCUAGGCGCAUACAAACUCUACCGUAAAUGCGCAUACCGUGCGCCUGCGGGUGCACGCAACAGCGAGUAUGCGCACGCACGGGAGAGCUCAUGCAUGCGCAGCGGGGACACGCAUGAGGUGCAAAUAUGGCAAUGUGUAGCGUGAUAUUUUUCUGACUUUGACAGUCCACCCUUUGGCAGUCACCAAUAACUGCCACUUUCUAAAACAUUUCAAAAAGAGAAAAAUAUAUGUCAUGUAUAAUACAUUUCUAUGAUUGGGUAGGGGAGGAGAGGAGAAGGUAGGAAAAGGGUAUGACCUAGUGAGAUAGCAGAAGCAUGUGUGUAUGAAUCCAUGUUUGGGGGGGGUCAUGUAUCAUCGUGCCGUACGUGUUUUAAAUCAAGCUUCGAGGUAUUGCGAAGUAUACAUUUGAAUUCCUUCUUAUCCCGUGGUACGGGUCUGUGGAUGGGCUGUCAAACUUUACCGAGCUCUCUUCGGCUUUUGGUUGCAACAAAAUGGGGGAGCACAUUUUAGUUGAUGAUACAUGAAUGGGGGAAUAUGUGAGUGCUGAUAUCUGUGCCUAUAUUCCCUAUCGACUAUGUGUGUUAUUACCUGAAGGUUGUAGUGAUGAAGAUAAAGAACAAUUAUGGUAAAUGCAGUGAUAAACUAUGUGAGUUUAAUAUACAUUUGCCGAUUGAGGUCUUGUCUUGUCUCGAUGUACAUGUUGACUGUAGUCUCUUUGUGCUUUUGCCAAUAAACGCAAGCAAAGCUUUAUCAAUGUC